AUGGAAAAGGAGUAUAAAAGGUUCAUGGUAGAAUACGAGCAGUUGGGACACAUGGUGAAACUCACCGAACCUGUCGACGAUAGUGAGCCGCACUGCUACAUCCCUCAUCAUGCCGUGAUUAAGGAGUCGAGUUCUUCAACCAAGGUUCGUGUUGUUUUCGAUGCAUCCUGCAAAACAACAUCGGGCUACUCCUUGAACGACACCUUACUCAUUUACCCAACGGUACAAGAUGAUCUGCUCACAAUCAUCUUGCGAUUCAGGAAGCAUUCUGUCGCAUUAGUGGCAGACGUGGAGAAGAUUUACAGGCAGAUCCUGCAUUAUGAGAAAGAUCGAAAACUGCUACGCAUUCGAUAUCGGGAACGUUCAACCGAACCAAUAGCAACGUAUGAGCUACAAACGGUGACCUACGGUAUCGCAUCAGCUCCGUUCUUGGCCACUCGUACGUUGCAACAAAUCGCGCAUGACAACAAACAGGAGUACCCCAAAGCCGUAGACCCGGUUCUGCAUGAUUUUUAUGUGGAUGACUUGCUGACUGGUGCAGCAAGUGUUUCAGAAGCCAUCGAGACACGUAAACAGAUAUCAUCGAUGUUGGAAUCAGCGGGCUUCUCACUAAAGAAAUGGGCGUCGAACAUACCGGCUGCGCUUGAUGGUGUUCCAAGCGCCGAUUUGGCCAUCAAAUCAGUUCUAGACUGGCAACAAGACCAAGCAGUCUCAACACUAGGCUUGGUUUGGGAACCAUCCAACGAUAUGUUUCGGUUUCGGGUGGAUUUGCCACCCCCUGCAGAAGAGCUGACACGAUGCCUGGUGUUAUCAUACACGGCCAGAAUCUUCGAUCCUCUUGGUCUGUUGGGACCAACGGUGAUACUCGCCAAGAUGUUCCUGCAACGCCUAUGGGGAUUGAAGCACGAGGGGAAGACGCUGGACUGGAAUCGUCCGCUACCAGCGGAGAUUCAGGAAGAGUGGAGGAGGUUCCACUCAACGCUCUAUGUGUUACGCGAACUGCGAGUACCUCGAUUGGUGGCACAUAGCAAUCCGGAAAGGCUGCAGCUGCAUCUCUUCGCGGAUGCAUCUCAAGGAGCGUAUGGAGCAUGUUGUUACGUACGCUCGGAUUCGACACGGGGCUCUACGGUUAGAUUGCUAGCGGCUAAGUCCAAGGUGGUGUCCCUCUCAAACACACAUUCCAUCGCCAGAUUAGAACUGUGUGCAGCACGGCUAUCAGUACACCUGUUCCAGAAGGUGAUUCGAGCACUCAACGUUUCAUCGUCGACGGUUAUCUGUUGGACAGAUUCCAUGACCGUUAUGCAUUGGCUCAAAUCAUCACCUCGUCGAUGGAAGCCGUUUGUCGCCAACAGGGUGGCGCAAAUACAAGAGGAGACCCGAAUUUCAUGCUGGCGUCAUGUUCCUGGUAGCGUUAACCCGGCGGAUGAUAUAUCGCGCGGGUUGAGGCCCGAAGAGUUACUGCAGUGCGAGCGAUGGUGGCAGGGGCCACGUUGGUUGUCCUACGGACAGGAAGAGUGGCCGGUGGAACCAGUACUCGCGAAAGAGAACGAGACGGACAUCGAGGAGCGGUUAGCGGUGUCCAAAAUAGUCAUCACCUCUACGACGUGUGACUUUAGCAACACACUUUUCGCACGUUAUUCCUCGUACGGCAAGUUGCGAAGGGUUGUUGCGUAUUGCUUGCGAAUCCUCUCCAACCUCAGGGCGAGCAAGUCAACGUCGAUCAACAGCGUCAAGCGGAAUACGGACAUGAAGACGCUAUUGAGUUCCGUUCCACCGCUUACAGCGGCGGAGUUGCAGGAUGCGGAACUGAGGUUGUGUCAACGGGCACAACAUGAUUCGUUUGCGGAGGAGAUGGACGACCUGAAACGAGGAAAGCUGGUGAGCGGAAGGUCGAGAUUAAAGUGGUUGUCUCCAUACCUCGACCCAAAGGGUGUGUUACGCGUCGGUGGCCGGCUUGGUAACGCCAACAUACCAGAGUCAACCAAACAUCCGAUUGUCCUCGCUGCAUCACAUCGGCUGUCGACACUACUGGUCGAGAACACUCAUCAUCAAAAGAUGCACGCGGGGCCACAAUUCAUGUUAGCAACGAUCCGGCAGAAGUUUUGGUUGAUUGGGGGCCGAAACUUAGCAAAGAGCGUGUACCAUCGAUGCCACACAUGCUGUCGGAACAAGCCAACGCUGGUGAAACAGGCGGUAGCUGAUUGGCCUAAGUCACGAGUGACACCAACGCGACCGUUUGCCGUCAGCGGCGUCGACUACUGUGGGCCGUUUUUGUUAAAGUCGACCGUCCGCAACCGAAGCCCGAAGCGAAGGCAUACAUCGCGAUAUUCGUAUGUUUCGCGACAAGGGCAGUCCAUAUCGAGCUGGUGA